UAUCAAAAGCAGAGGCGAAAGAUAUUAUGAGUAGGGCUUACAAAGUAACUGGAGAAUAUCUUGAUCGUAUUGUAAAGAAAUAUUUAGGAAAUGUGGCAGAAAUUGAGUAUUCAGAAAUUUUAAAACAAACAAUCAAAGCUUUAGGCGACGCAGCAUUUUCAUGCCCCAUAUCACAUUUAGUGGAAAGACUAUCUCAGUAUGAUCACACAGUCUACGUUUAUAAGUUCAAUCAUACUCGAAUCAAAUCUCUGUUUAAAAAAUGGAUGGGAGUUCUACACAACGAAGAUUUGCAUUUUGUGUUUGGAAGACCAUUAUUAAAACAGAAAGAUUACACCGAAGAAGAAGUAUUGUUUAGCAGGAGAAUUAUACAACUUUGGACGUCGUUCGCUAAAACUGGGAAACCCACUUUCGAUGAAAUGCAGUUUGAAUGGAAACAGUUCGAUAAGCACCAACAGAACUUCCUUUCUCUGACUCUUGGUAAUAUUCGUCCUAUGGAAGCAGAUUUGGAAGAAAAUUGCGAGUUUUGGAAGGAGAUACUCAGAGAAUAUACAAAUAAAAUGUACAUGUACUAAUUAUAAAUUUGGAUUUAUAUAUGGUUAUAUCUUGAAACAUUUAAGGUUUGAA